AUGCAAAAAUAUGAAGAGCUCCCUAACAUACUUAUAUGGAAAUCAUUUAACAAAGGGACACUAGCGAAAGGGUUAUGUGAUUACAUCAUAACUAAUAGAAAUGUACACAAUACGGAGACCGAAUUCAUCAUGAAGAAACUUUAUUAUAUUGAUUCUGUGAAUUCUUUCCCUCUUGAAGAAUUCAAGACGAUGAUACCAAUAAAUAUGCCAAUUAAUAAGAGUAUAUACGAUAAUGUUAUUAUUAAUCAAGCUUUAAAUUUGAAGGAACUCAAUGAAAUAGUCAUGAAGAUCAUAAGAACCGACAAACAACGUGUUGUUAAUGAAGAAAAUAUCAAACAACAGACACUCAAAUCUCCACAAAUAACGAAGGAUAAUAUACUUGUAAUUAUAAACGGGUUAGACAUUAUGUUUCAAAACAGCAGCAUGUCUGAUUCAAGACAGGCUCACAAUCAUUUGAACACAACAUUGCUACAAUUGCGAAUUACUGCAAACAGAAGAACCAAAUCUUUCAGGAGUGUAAUAUUGUCAAGAGAUCCAUUAAACUCGGGCACUUCUACACAACAGUUUAAAAAGAGAGCUAGAAAUGAAGGUAAUUCUGUGUACCAAUAUGUGUCAAAGUACUAUGCCGAUUAUGACCUUUGA